AAAAAAACCUGAAGAAUUUGGGUGCACAGAAGCAGUUGAAGCCAGUGGAUGGGGCAAACGCAGGGCGAGAGGAACGUCACGAUGAAUAGAUCGUUUUCGCUGCUCCAAAUGUCGCUUUGACAGUUCACGGGUUGUAGAAUUGCCAGUGACACCGGAUGAGGUGCUCCAGAAUUACGUGCUACAGUUAUCAAACAGACGCCAGCCUCGAGAAUCGAUAGGCGGGUCUGAGAAUAAAAAAAACAAUCAUCAAGACUCAGGGAUGAAUAAAGAGUCGUAGAAAAUAAAUACAAGGGAGGGAAAAAUGUUGGUUACGAGGUGCAGUUGUGUCGGGAAGUCACUCCAGUCCCUUCUCGAAACUAUGGGCUAUUUCUGGAUUACGACGGGUGCAUCAGGUCGCUAUUUUCUAUAGAUAAAAUAAUGAGAAUCAACGCGACGAAGAUGAGUACUCCGAUCGAGGAGAAGAUUGAUCAGAAGCUCAAGGUCCGGACGGGCAUGGUUACUGUCAGCGAUGGCAAGAGCAAACCGGUACCCAUGCGAUUGCAUUUGUCGAUGGAAGUGCUCAAGCUACAGCGGGAAGAUUUAGAGCAGGCAGCGAAUCACAACAAACCGCCGCUGGACGCUAAAGAGCGAAUGGUGCAGAUAACACGUCAAAAAGUUGGUGGACUUGGUCUGAGUAUCAAGGGUGGAGCUGAGCAUAAACUGCCAGUGCUCAUAUCACGAAUAUACAAGAGUCAAGCGGCAGACCAGUGCGGCCAAUUGUUUGUUGGAGAUGCAAUUAUCAAAGUAAAUGGUGAAUACAUAACAGCCUGCAAUCACGACGACGCUGUAAAUAUCCUCCGCAACGCCGGUGACAUCGUAGUUUUGACAGUGAAGCAUUACCGUGCAGCGAAGCCAUUUCUCCAAAAGAACGAAAAAGAGGAGAAAUUGGAUAACGCAACGAAUGGCGAUGACGAGGAGGAGUGGGCCUCCCCCAACAGACGAUCCGGUAGUCCUCAGAGUGGACACAGUAGACACGGAUCAAACACAUCCUCGUCGUCGACCCACUUGAAGAAAUGGGUCGACGUCAUCACAGUACCUUUAAUGAUGGCUUACGUCACACGAUACAUAUUUGGCACUGACAAGCUGAGGAGAAAUGCAUUUGAAGUGAGGGGGCUGAAUGGGGCGAGAACGGGGGUUAUUCACUGCGAUGAUAGUGCUAUACUCAGUCAGUGGCUCAAGUACAUCACUGACAACAUCACAGGGCUCACGCAUUUGCAGAUGAAACUCUACAAUCGUAAUUUUGGGGUCGGCGAACGUAUAGAGUAUAUGGGAUGGGUGAACGAGGCAGUUAGCAACAGUAACCAGCCCUGGCAGAGCUACAGACCGAGAUUUCUAGCUCUCAAGGGCCCCGAUCUACUGCUCUUCGAAACACCACCUUGCAAUAUUGGAGAUUGGUCUCGCUGUGCACUUACAUUCAAAGUCUACCAGACGAUGUUUCGCGUGAUGAGGGAGUCGGAGAAUGUCGACGAGAGGCAACACUGCUUUUUAGCACAGAGUCCUGGUAAACCACCACGUUACUUGAGUGUGGAGACGAGGCAGGAGCUGUUGAGAGUCGAGGCUGCGUGGCACACGGCUGUUUGUUCUGCUGUUACACAUUUGAAGAGCAAAACUUUUCCAGUAACUUUCAGCGGAAGAACCGCGGGGCUGACACUUGAAUGGACCCAAGGAUUUACGUUAUCCUAUGAGGGACUCGGUGAAGUAGCCUGGAGAUACAAAUUUUCACAGUUACGUGGAUCAAGUGACGAUGGUAAGAGCAGGUUAAAACUGCACUUCCAAGAGUUGGACAGUAUAGCUAUAGAGACAAAGGAAUUGGAAUGCUCCCAACUGCAGAAUCUACUGUUUUGCAUGCACGCUUUCCUCACAGCCAAAGUCGCCGCUGUAGAUCCAACAUUCUUGACAUCGACUACUCCGUAGGAACAUUAACAGAACAGUUGUGUUGAAUAGGUGAUAAUUAACCGAAAAAAAUACUCGAGAAUUGGGGAAAAUUAAUUACAAAAUAUUUCUCGAGAGGAAAAUUUGCUGAUAUUAAUCUUUGAUUUCUUCUGACAGAACUAUAUUUGAAAAAGCACCAGGUCUAGUCUCAAUUUUGAUAUUAUCACUAGAUUUAUUGCUUUCUUUUAUCACAAUUUUACUGGAAAUUCCUCAAAAGGUAAAAAAAUAUUUUAUAACAUCCCAAAUUAUAUCAAUUUUUUCAGGGGACUGGUUUAACAACCUGAAGGGUUAGUUUCAUCGAAUUUCCCUCUCUGCGUUAACGCCAUUUUGUAGCUGGAAGCCCUCUAAAAUGACGUUAAUUCUUUUUAAAAAUUUCUCCCUGUCCAAUUCUCCAAGCCGUACUUUUAAGCUUUCUUUUCAAUUAUUUGGUGCAUUUAUUAUCAGGUACUAGUCACUCACCCAAAAAUAAACUUUUCAAAGGCGAUUAAUAACACGGUUGUAUUAAAAUAAGCGAAAAAAGUGACUGAUUGUUAAUCUGCGACGUUCAUGUAUUUCAAGCCACUGCAAUUCAUCCUGUUGCCUACUCGUUCAAUUCACGAAUGUUGAAGCUUUUACUAUUUACUUUUUUAUAUGAAAAAAAAUUAUAGGACGUUGGUAUUCAGUGCCUUGAAAAGCGUGAACGACGGUUGAGGCUGAGAGUUGCUAAGCAAUGUCUAGUGGCCCACCGGAAACUUCUUGCGCAGUGUGAAAGAAUGAAAACUACUUUAGAAAAGUGUGGAGAAAAUGAAAGGGACUAAAAAUGUCUAGACAUGUGCUCUCUAACCGGAACCAGCGGCUCACGGGAUUCAAGAGAAUUAGGUAAAAGGCAGUUUUAAUGUUCCAUGUAAUGUAUCAUUUUAUGGGAAUAAUUAAUCAACAAUGCCGAGUGGAAAUCUAUUUCCAGUGAGAUCGUGGUGACCUAUUUCAAAGAGAUUCUGAGUGUUUGUUGAAAGUCUUCAGGUAAACGAGGGUACUAAAUACAUUUUCAUCGUUCGUAAUUCAUGCAUUUUCAUUAAUUCAUUGCGGUAUUUCAGGGGCAAUUGACUUACAAUGCACGGAGAGAAAAAUUCACUUGAAAUUGAGGGAUUAUUCAGGUAAUUCGCAAUAAAAAAGCAUUUUCCAGGGAUUUCAAUAAAUCCCAGAAUUUACGUGGCCAUUCGUACAAUCUUACUUGUGACCCAUCUUUUCUAUUGAAUUUCUGACAAUUUUUAUUGAUUUUUUCUCUCCGUCAGAGGGACAUUCGAUGCACGUGUAUCACUUAGGCAUAAAUUUCAAAAACACCUUCAUUCUCUAGCGGGAGAAAUAAAAUUCUACAUUUUUUUUACUGUUGAAAGUUGCCGCUCAUUAUUGAACAGAAUCAUUGAUUGAGCUGAAAUUUUUAUAGUCCUGGGAACUGCGUGGUACUCAGCACAUGCCGAUAAAAAAACUUUCAGGUCAAAUAAUACUGAAGAACAAAAGCCUCUAGUUUUAAUGGUAUUUUUUAGGAUGUUGCCGUACUCUGUAAAUUCGAGGCCGUUAAAUUUUCAUUUUAUUGGACAAAGUUCACUUCAAUUUCGAUGAAAAAUAGUACAACGCAAACGUUCACUGAGAAGAAAAAUUUCGAAAUAUUCCUUGAGUUGAGAGAAGCAUUUAUUUUUUCAAAAUUGCAUGUUUCCAUUCGAGUGACCUCCAUUCAUCGAUGUUACUUCCCUAGAGACUCAUUAAGAAGCCUCAGUGUCCAUCCCCUUGAGCAAUCGGUUCCCCCAAAGUGCUGCAAAAUUUACAAUUUCAAUGAUCCCCAAAAAACGGUGAAACUGAUAACUCAAUCGUCCAACGGCCCUUGGAUCAUGUAUUCAUAAAACCAUGUUAAAUAUUAAAUAUAUCUACAACAAUUAAGUAAGUGAAAAUGAAUGUAUGCUUGAGUAUAAAACGAAUGCUACCAUACUUAGAAAAAAACAUUCGAGCGAUUCGAUUCGAUCCCAGAAACCGACAAAUAAGAAUAAUUCUGCGAUUUGACUCGAGUGAUUACCCAAGGACUGCACAAUUAACAUUGUAUAGAUUAUAAAUAAACUAGAUAAGAAGCGAAAGAGAUGUGCAUAAGCGACGAUAAAAUUGACAUGUGGGCAGGUGGCUACAGUUCAAUUAUUGCGUAUCCAGGAUCAAUUAUAUCGAAGUGUGAUUAAAGCCGACGUAAUGGAGUUAGGUACAUAUCCAGGCGAAGGGAUGAGUCCUGAUGAAGAGUAUUUCCUUUCAUUUGAUUAUAUUUUUGACAAUUAAAAUCCCGAAAUUCAUAAAUAUUUCAAGAGUUGUAUCACACCGUACUCAGAAAUAUCUCAAACAACUCAAAAACUGCGAGAGACAUGAAAAACCUUUUGAUAAAUUGUAGACCUAAUGCGACGUUUUUCAGCGACUCCUAGACCAUAAGUACGAGACGUUUUACAUUUCUUGAGUGAAUGAUGAUGACAAUUAAGAGCAAUUCGAGAGCAAUCUAGUGAAAAACGAAAUCAGUUAAUAAUUUUUCGUUAAUUCGCUUUUAAGUGCUUGAGUACGAGUUGUAAAUAAUUUUUAACGCCUGAGAUCAACUCCAGUGAGUUAUUAUUAAAGCUUAGGAACAAUUCCAUGACAGUAACGGUGAGCAAUGAUUAGAGACGAAACAAUUGCAUCGAUAGCUUUUGUCAUUUUUUUUGCAAAGGCACGCGCAAUGUCUUGCAUUGAAAAACGAAGAAAAUAAAGUGCUGAGAGGAGAGAAAAAAAGUAUUUAGCAACUGCCCGAGGCUCCAAUAUAUGCUUGUGAAGUUGAAAAAUUAUUCGCACGCUCUUAUAUUUCGAAAUAUAGUUUAUCUGUUAUAAUGUCUAUCCCCUCAUUGACAAUAUGUUUAAAAAUAUAUUAUAUCAUUGUUAGAAGUUACUGA